UUCUCUUGGUACCGUUUCCGAGGGUCGCAUUUUCGUUACAGGGUACAACAACACUCUUUCCUUCCAAUCGUUCUAAUGUAUGUAAACCCUCUCUGGCACACACACAUUUCCUGCACUCUUCAUUUCUAGUAUUUAUUUCUCUCCUCGUGAAAACACUGCUUACUCAACAAUUUCUAUGCUACUUACUGUGCAGAACAACGAUUCGAAGCAGAAUCAACCUCGUGAUUACUAUUGGCUUGGAAAUUCACUUUAGUUUAUUGGAUAGGAACAAAAAAAAUGGAAAAUCCGAAACCAGAUGGAUCUGUUUCGAGGCGUGUUUCUCUCAGAAAGAGAGUUAAUAUGCGAAGUUACAAUGAGGGUAUGCUGGAUGAUGAGCUUUUUGACAAGUUGGAUACUAGUUUAAAGAAGAAGAAGGGACCCAAAUAUGAUGUCAAUAAAGAGACUGACACCGAGGCUAUGAUUGCCUUCUCCCUUGGUUUCCCGAUUGAUGCUUUGCUUGACCACGAGAUUCGAUCUGGGGUUGUUAAAGAAUUGGGUGGGAAAGAGCAGAAUGAUUAUAUUGUUAUUAGGAAUCAUAUUUUGGCUCUUUGGAGGGAUAAUGUUAGGAUUUGGUUGACAAAGGGACAGAUUAGAGAAACUGUCACUACUGAGUUUGAACCUUUGCUUAACUCUGCUUAUGACUAUCUUUUAUAUAACGGCCACAUCAAUUUUGGGGUUUCACCCUUGUUUAUUUCCCAGUUUCCUGAGGCAAAGGAAGGGACUGUUAUUGUUAUUGGUGCUGGCCUUGCUGGCUUGGCUGCGGCAAGGCAGCUAUUGUCCUUUGGUUAUAAGGUUAUGGUUUUGGAAGGUAGGAACCGUCCAGGUGGCAGGGUUUAUACUCAGAAGAUGGGGAAAGAGGGUAACUUUGCGGCUGUAGAUCUUGGUGGGAGUGUUAUUACUGGAAUUCAUGCUAAUCCUUUAGCGGUUCUAGCACGCCAACUUUCUAUUCCGCUUCAUAAAGUUAGAGUUGAUUGUCCUUUAUACAAGCCAAACGGGGAUCCGGUUGAUAAGGAGUUAGAUACAAAUGUUGAAUUUGCAUUCAACAGGUUGCUUGACAAAGUUAUGGAGCUGAGGAAAAUUAUGGGUGGGUUUGCAAGUGACACCUCACUUGGAUCAGUCUUGGAGACACUCAAGGCUUUAUAUGCUGUGGCCCAAAGUACCGAUGAGAAGCAAUUAUUGAAUUGGCAUCUUGCGAAUUUAGAAUAUGCAAAUGCUGGGUGUCUUUCAAAUCUUUCGGCUGCCCAUUGGGAUCAGGAUGAUCCUUAUGAAAUGGGUGGUGAUCAUUGUUUUCUUGCUGGAGGCAAUUGGAGAUUGAUAAAAGCUAUGUGCGAAGGGGUUCCUAUUUUUUAUGGGAAGACCGCCAACACUAUCAGAUACGGAAAUGAGGGUGUUGAGAUUAUUGUUGGAGAUCAAGUUUUUCAAGCAGAUUACGCCUUAUGCACUGUGCCUCUCGGAGUUCUGAAAAAGAAGGCUAUUAAUUUUGAACCUGAAUUACCUGCAAGAAAGCUGGAAUCAAUUGAGAGGAUGGGUUUUGGGCUACUGAACAAAGUUGCUAUGGUUUUUCCCCAUGUGUUUUGGGGAGAAGAAUCAGACACAUUUGGAUGUCUCAACGAAAAUAGUCACGAUCGUGGGGAGUUCUUUUUAUUUUACAGUUACCAUACUGUUUCUGGGGGCUCAACACUUAUAGCACUGGUGGCUGGUGAAGCUGCACAAAACUUUGAAACCACUGAUCCAUCCAUCUUGCUUCAUCGGGUUUUGACCACUCUAAAAGGUAUUUUUAAUGCUAAAGGCAUCACUGUGCCUGAUCCAAUACAGUCAAUUUGUACCAGAUGGGGAAGCGAUCCCCUUUCUUAUGGCUCAUACUCCCAUGUUAGUGUGCAUUCAUCUGGUAAGGAUUAUGAUAUACUUGCAGAAAAUGUGGGGAACAGACUGUUCUUUGCAGGUGAAGCCACUAGUAGGCAGUUUCCAGCCACUAUGCAUGGCGCUUUCUUGAGUGGCUUAAGAGAAGCUUCACGCAUUUACCAGUUAACCCAUAAUCAGCAAGUUAAUCCUAAGAAAUCCGUGCCUAAGAAUGGAGGAGCGUUAAACAGGACCUUGAUUAAUUUAUUCAAGAAGCCUGAUUUGGAAUCCGGGAAGUUUUCUUUCAUAUAUGAUUCUUCAUCAGAAGAUCUGCAUUCAAAGGCGAUUAUGCAGAUCACUUUUGGUUGUCCUGAAGAAAUUUACCAUGAGAUAUUAAACUGCUAUCCCAAUCCCACAGAGUUGCCAAUGCAGCUUUACACUAUUAUCUCCCGUGAACAGGUGCAACAGAUGCAGCAAAUUACUGGAGAAGAUAAAAAGAUGUUCUCUUUUUUGACAAAGAACCUCGGGUUGAAAUUUAUGGGUAUAAAUACCUUACUUAAUGCUGGCAACUCGGUUAUCACUAGUAUUGCUGCCUCAAGAAAAGGCAAGAGGAACCGCUCACUUACUCCACAACUUGAUAAUUCAAAGAAGAGUCCAUGAUCAAAGAAGAGAUCAGUUUUAUAUGAUAUGAUGUCCGUGUUGUCGUGUCUUGAUUUGAAAUCAUGAGUCUUAUGUUGGCAGGUUAUAGUGAUAGAUCAAUAAUUGAAAGCAUAUAAAAAAUUUCAAGGGAUGGAAGUGAGAGGUGGUAUUGUAAUUGUAUCAUCUAUAGAAACUUUGUAUGUUGUUGUAGAGUUAGCUAUACUCAUUACUGGAUUUUACAGGCUUGUUUGCCUUGCAUGUUGUUUGUAUGGUAAUUAUAUCUUUCAUUUCCUCAUCGGUUUCAUACAUGUAAUAAAUGAGAGUUAACAUGA